GCGGCACCGUAGCCGCUCGGAUUCGACUACGCGCAAGAGUGGCCUGUCGCAGGAGUGGCCUCUGGUGCCGGCCCCACGGGGUCCCCCGCUCGCCGAGCGCGAAGCGGCAGCAGCGGCUUGCGCGCCCGGGUGUGGCCCCCCCGCGGCCCCCAAGAAGCCGCGCACCAAAGGUCACUCUUGCCAAGGGUCCCUCUUGCGUGCCGACUGUUCAUGUUUCUGGUGCGCCAUGCGAUUUGGGAUAUGGGUAAACCCCCGGCGUGAAGAAGGGUGCGCUGUCGUGAGCCUGGUGUACCUCGACCGCCUCCUUAAGCGGCACCCCUGGAUCACCGUCGGUCCGCUGACCUGCCACCGUCUGGUGCUGGUCAGCGUUGUGCUCGCCAUCAAGUUCUGGGACGACACCUACUACAGCAACUCCUUCUACAGCAAGGUUGGCGGAGUCCAGCUGAAGGACCUGAACAAUUUGGAGAAGACCUACUUGCAGCUCCUCGAUUACAGGCUUUGUGUUGAUCCGCGGGAGUACGAAGAGUAUCGCGGGAUCAUCAUGAAGGCAGCGCAGCUGCCCGCACCGGGCGGGAAGUCCAUUGCCCCAGGCGCAGCGUGAGCGGGGGCGUUGAGGUGCGAAGAAGUAGAGGGGAGAAGUUCGGUAGCAAAUCAUAGGAGGCUUGUAUACCCUCGUAAUUCCCUCUUUCGAGCUCACUCACGUCGAUGCAGGGUCGACUAGCAUCGAUUAGCGCCGACUUGCAAGAGCCAACAAGAUUGUAUGGGAGGCUCUCACGAGUUGCC